GGUAAUUACAACUGUGACCUAACUAAGGAGCUAGGGGGACUCAUUCCCGAGUGACUCUUCCCUUGCUUUAGAAAACCAAACCAUUUCCUGCUUUCUCGCUACUUUUAGUUAAAAUCACAAUCACUCGACUUAGUUUGCUAGAUAAUAAAUAUUCACGGAGUAGGCAGUAGAUCUAGACCCCGGGUUGACAAAUAGAGCUUGCCUGUUACUGCAUUUUCGGACUGCGAUUACACUUGGUCGCAGUUUGGUGUUGUGUUUUAGCGUGUCGAGUUUUUGGCGCCGUUGCCGAGGACCCUCUAGGUUAUUGGGGAAACGUGAAAGUUUGUUACUCUAGCUUUUUCUUUACUGCAUUUUCUCUCUUCCACCUGUGUGCCUUCACGGGUUACUUUUGCUGAUUGUGUGCAGGUAGUGCAUGACCCGUAGCCAGUCGGGAGUUUUACUACCAUUAGAACAAGAGCUUGAACGGACCUGUAGGAACUUUAAGCGGGCUCUAAAGGCGCGACUAGCUGCGGAGGAGGCUCUACACAGCUGCAAAUCACCGAGGAAGAAGAGAUGGAUGACCCACACGACCAUGAUGUGGUCCUUCCCGAGGAGCAGACCAUGGGAUAUUACUGGACCGCCAAAGCCGCGGACAUGAGGUCGCCCAUUCAGCACCCUCAUGUACCAGCGAAUAACUUUGAGGUGAGCACCUCUGUCAUCACCAUGCUGCGUGGUUCGGUGGUAUUCAGUGGCAAGGAGGGGGAGUGCCCCCGAUCAAACCUGAGGCGAUUCCACGAGCUCAUCGAUGGGUUCAAGAUCAAUGGGGUCCCAGCCGAUGCAAUCCAGCUGAGGUACUUCCCAUUUACUCUGGAGGGGCAAGCCAAGGAGUGGCUAGACACUCGACCUCCAGGCUCGAUCACCACAUUCGCCAACCUGGCGGACAAGUUCCUCACUCGCUACCAUCCUCCGUCCAAGAUGGCGGACUUGCAGAAGCAAAUUACCCACUUUGUUCAAGACGAAGAUGAGACCAUUCGGGAUUCUUGGGAGAGAUACACCAGUCUCUUCCUCAAGUGUCACAACCAUGGUUUUACCGACGCCUUCAAGGUGGGCACCUUCUACCAUGCCCUCUUCCCAGAAGACAAGCAGCUGAUUGACUCGGUUUGCGGCGGGAAUAUGCUCACCAAAACACCACCACAGCUAAAUCCACUUUUUGAAGAGAUGGCAGAGCAGGGCUGACUCGCUAUGACACAACUCCUAACAAUGGCCAAGUGGAAUCAAUGAAAGGGACUCCACUAUAGUGGCUCAAGUAAUAAAUAUCGAAUCCACGGGUCUCUAGAGUUACUAUUACUCAGCUUUAGUUCAUUAUCUAGCAAACCAUAUUAAGAUGGAAGAACUAAAACUACUCUAACAAACUACAGUUAAAGCUAAUCUAAUUACCGGUUGGGAACUCACUUAGGUAUGAUUCCCCCUAGCCACUAGCCAGAUUAAUGGUUGAUGAUUUCUAACUUGUUUCACUUUCAUUCACAAUGCGGAGAAUCCUUGACUAGACCUUGAGUCUCGACUAAAGGAACAAGGCCCUCUUGAGUCAAUUGCCUAGAGGGACGUAUCCUUCUCUAGAACAACCGAUCAAGGCGUUUUGAACUAGAUUCCCUCUAUCGAAUGAGGUUCUCAAUGGAUACAAAGCAUUGAAUCAACCCACGACUAAAGAAAUAGAUCCAACACUAUCGAUCUAUGGUGCUCUAUUGACCUAAUCAAGUAUUCGCUCUCAUAGGAUCAAAGCAGAAUCAAUAAUCUCGACUAAAGCAUAAUUGAAUCAUGAAAACAUGCAUAAAUUGAAUAUGAACUCAAGAUUAUCAAGUAGGAGUACUCAUACAAUCAUCCAAUCAAACAAACAUAGCUAGGGUUCCUCAAAACCUAAGUGAAGAGAAGUUACUCCAUAGAGAAGAGAGAGACUGCAGUAAGAAUAUUCAGAUGAUCAAUCUUCAAGUCCGGGCUUGUUCCUCGAGCUUCCAAGGCGAAGAAAUCCUCCAAUUCCACUCCAAGAAUGCCCUCAAAUUGCCCUCUCUCUCUUUGGUUCGUCCCUUGGGUGUUUAGGAUCCAAAACCCAGCUCUCUCUUGCAAAACACACAAAACAGGCUUUUAACAGCCUGCGUUCGCGAUCCCCGGUCGGAUAUUUCGGGAACCAGUCGGGUAUCAACAAAAUGCUCCGGGUCACUCUUCUGGGCAAAAGGGAAAAUACCCGGUCGGGUAUUUUUAGUACCUGGUCGGGUAUUUUUAGUACCCGGUUGGGUAUUUUUGGUUCACGACAGGGGGCCUUCUGAUGCUGCCAAAAAUACCCUAUCAGAUGGUCAAAAUAACCAGUACGGUAUUAUGGUCGGGUAUUUUGCAGUUCCGGGUCCCCUAUCUUUGAUUCUUCGUUUCUCCCUCGUUCGAACUCCAAAUCAGGUGCCGUUUGAUCCCAGACGUUCGUAGUCUCGUCCUCUUUCUUCUCAUGACAAGAUUACAUGAUUAUAUGGUCACAAACGGAGGUAGAAAUCCAUUCUUCUUUAAGUCAUACCCGAGUUUCUUCCCCCGAGUCGCCAAUUGAAAUGUGACAAAGGAACACAACCUAGCGUAAAAUAAGCCAAAGAAGUGAUAAUGCAAGCUUAAACGAUCAAGAAACAAAGGGGAAAACAUGUGCAAAUAUCGAGUCAUCAAAUCCCUCCACACUUAACCGUUUGCUUGUCCCCAAGCAAACCUAACUCAAACCAAUGCAGCUUUCCAGACCUCUAUAGCAACAUGCACCCUCGAUCGUUGAUAGAGGAUUUUCUAGAUCAUUUAGCAGCUUACGAGGUCAACCGACGCACAAGUCAUCUCAUAGCUUCUUCGGUGAGAACGUUAGUCUCGAGUCGGCAUUAUGGCAAAUAGUGAUCUGAGGACAAAUGAAUCGUGGAUGAAUGGACUCUCAAAAACAAAAGAUCAUGGAAUCGCAUUUUUAAGGUGCUCUAUUUUCUUCUUGAAGAUGGUUGGAACCCCUUUUCUUUCUUUGUUUUCCCUUGUUUUUCUGUUUUUCUGUUUUUUCUUUUCUUUUCAAGGGUUCCAACCUGUUUUUCAGAAAAUGGGGGCUCCCACCUAGCAGAGGUUUUGCGGGAGCCCGGCUCUUACCGGCCAUGCCAGGAACGGAUGUCUCGAGCCUCGUGCGGGGGAAAGAUAUGUAAGGGGGCUGGAGGUAGUAGGUGGAAAUUGGGAACGGAUUCCCAUCUCCCCUUACACACUUUCGCCCUAUUCGCACGGGAGACAUUAUUUUAAAGCACAUUUUCGAGCACAUUUUAUUCCAAAACAUGAUACAGGAGUCCAUGACGGGUAGAGAUUCCACAACACCACACAAUUCAAGGGUCAUAAGAUCACUAAUUCACACAAUCAACCAACACAAUAUGAAGAAGAAAUGAGACUUCUUAAAUGCAUCAACAUCCUCCAUAGUGCUACACUACCUCCCUAGGUUGCACAUUACUAUAGAGACUGUUAAUUCAAAGCAUACUGAGCAGGCAAUUGCAAGGAACGCGUACUUGGAGCCCUCAAAUCGAGAUUUGGACAGUGGACUAGGCUCCAAGCACACACAUACAGCCAAACAUCCACACGCAUACAUAAUCGAACAUCCCCCCACACUUAACCGUUUGCUUGUCCCCAAGCAAACCAAGUCAGACACAAGGUAAGCUCACAUAUUUCAAUCAACCAAUAUUGGGGACAAAUCAUAUAGGCACAGAACACGUGAAUCGUACUGGUUUUCAAACAUCAAUACCUGACCAACUUCAAUAGCAACCUGGACAACCACCACAAAGGACAUUCAAGUGCAGCAAAAUCGAGUAAAGGAAUAGUCUCCCUUCUGUUCACCAACCAACCUAGACUUGACUCAACCACUGACUCAAAACAGUCAACUCAUGCAUCCAACUCAAGACAUCAGAAUAGAGACCGAGCAAUCUAGGUCCUCACUGGGGUACAAAAGUAUAUAGAAUAUGAAAAUGAAUCACUCACUCUCGACCAAUGGGGUUAGGAAAAUUUGAUGCGAAAAAUGCGCAUGUUAUUUCUCUCAAUCCCUAACAUCUCUUCACCAUGAUGGCAGCCUCUAAAUGCUAGUGUUCACAUAUGGGGUGUCACCACUAACUAAUCAGGAGGUCUUAGACACAGGUUCAAAUGACUGGCUAGGGUCUUGGACAUGGGGAAAAGGCCUUUUAGGUGGUGGAAGUAUUCAUAGCACAAGGUUCCACAUUUCCAAACCCACACAAUCACAGUCAAACAAACCGGUAUUUCCUUUCUGCUAUUCUGCAUUACUCAAUAUCUCAAGAGCACAAGAGCGAAGGAGGUAUAAAUGUCAGCAUUUCCA